AUGGAGAAGUUUCUUUGUAAAGGAAAACCGUCAACCGAUACGAGUAAUACUGGUAAUAUACGUGACGCUGCAAGUGUUUCAACAGAUAGCGAUGGCAGUGUCCAGAAUAAAAAUAUUGCGGCUGCAAAAGUUAAAAGAAAAUUUCGAUUAGAAUGGACUAACACAUUUCCGUGGUUGACAAAUAAAAAUGGUAAUGCUUAUUGCACUGCAUGUCAUAAGAUUAUUAUUAACCACUUAUCGCAUAUAAAACGACACGAUUCAAAACAAACCCAUAUACGUAAAAUUGCAACAAAAAAGGGUCAAACUAGAAUUGAUGAAUUUGCGGCAGAAUGCAAGAACAAUAACUUUAAUGAACAAGUACGUGAUGCAGAAUAUGCGCUUAUUAUGUUUUGCGUUAUGCACAAUUUGCCGUUUUUAUUAAUGGAUUUUUUACCUAAUCUACUACGCGCAUGUUGUCCGGAUUCUGAAAUUGCGAAGGCGAUUAAAUGCAGUCGAACCAAGGCAACACAAAUUACUGAGCAACUUGCAUCAAUUUCAAAUGCACAUAUUGUAAAGCAGUUAAAAACAUCAAAAUUUUCUUUAAUUGUUGAUGAAACUACUGAUGUUUCAUGCAGAAAAGCACUUGUUUUAGUUGUGAGAUAUUUUGAAAACUUAGCUGGCCUAGUUAGAGACAGGUUCUUAUGUCUCAUAGAACUAGAAAAAUGUGAUGCCGAGUCUAUUUAUCAAAAUAUAAAAUCGUUUUUUUUAACUAAUAACAUUCCAAUCCAAAAUUUAAUCGGACUUGCAACAGAUGGAGCAAAUACUAUGGCUGGGCAUUUAACUGGGUUAAAAACUAAAUUAACUAAAGACACCAAUUUGUUUUACCUAAAGUGUACCUACCACUCUUUACAUUUGUGCACAGCCUAUGCCUGCAAAAAAUUACCAGGUGAAGUUGAAUCAUUGUGUAGAAAUAUAUAUUCAUAUUUUUCAUGGAGUCCUAAAAGAGUUCAAGAAUUUAAAGAAUUUCAAGAAUAUUGUAACAUAAAACCUCACAAAAUAUUAGGUCUAGCUUUAACGAGAUGGUUAUCAUUACAACAUGUUGUUUUGCGAAUUAUUGAACAAUGGGAUGCGCUCCAGCUUUACUUUUUAUCGCAGUGUAUUGAAGUCAAUGAUAUAAAACCAAAAGACUUAGCAAAUCUUAUGGCAAUGCGAGAAACAAAAGCUUACAUGCUUUUUUUAACGUAUAUUUUGAAAAUUGUGAAUGACUUAAAUAUUGAGUUCCAAUCUGAUAGCAUUCGACUGCCUUUUUUAUAUAGGAAACUAGAAGCGGUUGUUCAGUUAAUAUUAACCAAUUUUAUGUGCUAUCAGCACGUUAAAAACGUGCCAUUAGAAUCCUUGGAAUUUAAAGAUUCUAAUUAUUUUUUGCCCAUUGAAAAAUCAAUGAAUUCUAUGCCUGAUCGUAGAGUUAGUUCGGAUAUUACUGAAUUUCCAACAUCUGUGGUCUUCGGAAUAAUUAGAUAUGAAGACAACAGGAUGGAUGAUUUUGAAUAG